CCAUUACACAUAUUGCUGCCAUUAAAGCAAUCUCUUAUGGGCGCACCCUUUCCACUUUAGCGUGCAAAUGCUAGGUACUGAAACAGAAGAAAAACAAAUUGGUUCCAAUGUCGUGUGACUUCUUUCUUCUAGUUCAUCAGUUCUGGAGGACAAGCUUAAGAGAAUAGAGCGCAGUCUUCAAAGAGAGAGAUGGGUGGUUUCUACCAGGCACUCAACUAUCAGGAAUAUUUGUUUUAUUAAUAAAUACCGCCCAUUUACAAGUUUUCAGAAUCGAUAACACAAUUUCACAGAACCAGACUCACUUUAUUCUACCGUUGAGCAUUAUUCCAGUUUCUGAAGAAGUUUGUAUUUGACAAAGGUAAUAAUCAAGUAUGGCAGGAACAGAUGAUUCCGGGGAUACUGCUCAGAAGGAAGCAGAACGGAAAAGGGCAAAAAUAGACUUUGGUGCCACAACAGUAAUAGGCGUUCUUGCUGGGUUGCUAUAUGGUGGCAGCAGAGAAGCAGUUGCAUCAGCUAGUAAGGAUGCAGAGGUAAUGUUAAAACUUGGAAGCACAGCUGACAAGAGAGAGCAGUAUAGAGUAAUGAGAGAUGCAAUGGAGAAGCGAUUCAUAAGAGUGGCACGUGGCUCAAUUUUGGGUGGAGCAAAACUUGGUUUAUUUACAGCAUGUUUUAGUGGCUUACAACAACUUCUUGCACAACAUCGCGGUGUUUAUGAUGCUUAUAAUGUUGCUGGAGCAGGAUCUGCAACUGCUGCAAUAUUUGGACUCUUGUUACCAGGAUCCUUCCGUUGGCGUGCGAGAAAUGUAGUGGUGGGUUCAGUUCUAGGUGCAGCAGUGGGCUUGCCACUUGGUUGGAUUCAGAUUUCACUUGUUGAGAGUGCAAAAGAGAGGAUCGCAUCCAUGCAACAAACAAGUUUGGAGGAGACAGAAGUCAAGAAAGGAGGAGUUGCUGAUACUAUUGAUAGACUAGAGAAAACAUUCACUAAGUAGAGUUACCAAAAUUUUCCCUCUUCAGUUAUCCAUCUGUUCUAAUCAUUGUUAGGAAUUGACUUGUACAAACUAUUUGUUUUUAAUUUGAUUGCGUGCCCUCUUAUUGUUAGAGCUGUAAAUUAACUUUGCCCAUAAAAAACUCAUUAAUGUUUUGUAACAGAGUCUAUCGGUAAGGGAUUUUCUUGGUAAGAAAGGACAUCAUAUAAUCAUUUUUGAAACAUUUUUGCCCCAAGAUGACUUUAUGGAUGUGACAGUAUUUGAAAUUUAUUACGACUUAGUAGAUGUGUGUGAACAUCUGCAGACCUCCAUAUCUCGGAGCAAAUGCUUAUAAAAAUUUGUAGAUCUGCAUAUUUUGGGAUUAAGGGUUAUAAUCAAAGCAACAGAAGCAAGAUUGCAUCAGUAUAAAGCAAAGAUUUAUCAUU